AUGCCGUGCGCGGUCGAUUGUCUUGAAAACUCUAGCAUGGGAGAUGUCGGUGAAAUCCGCGACGACGACCUCAAAGGAAUUUUUCGUGAGUUCGACCUGAAUGGCGAUGGCUUCAUCCAGAGAGAUGAACUACGGUCCGUUAUGCAAAAGAUGGGCCAGUCGCCAACUGAAGAAGAACUCGACGCGAUGUUCAAUGCGGCUGAUCAAGACCAUGAUGGGAACAUUGACUUCAAAGAGUUCCUCCAAAUUGCUCACGCCAAUCCACUUUCACUAUCACUGAAAGCCGUUUUUGAGGAACUGGACGUUGAUGGCGACGGAUACAUCACCAGAUCCGAACUACGGACGGCAUUCCAACGUAUGGGUCAUGCACUCUCUGAUCAGGAUAUAAAGGCUAUUUACAAGCAUGUCGAUUCGAACAAAGACGGAAAAAUCAAUUUCCAAGAAUUCUGCCAAAUGAUGACGAGAAGAAAGUAA